AUGGUGACUCCAUCAAUUCAAUGUGCUGUAAGAAGGAGGUGGCCUGGAGAGCAGGGAAAAGUAGGAAAGAUAGUCGGCAACAACUCCGAGGAGCAGCAAAAGAUGUUUGGCAGGCACUUUGAGAUUGAAGAUGAGCUGGUCAGCCACAUCUCUAGGGUGUCAAUUGAUGUACUCAAAGCUAAUUAUCGGGAUGAUCUGUCCAUUGACGAGUGGAAGCUGGUUGUUAAACUGAAAAACCUCUUCAAGAUACAAUGA